UCACACGGGCCAAUCACUUCAGCUUGUUUGGACUUCGGGAAAGUGAAGGAAACUAGAAAGAAAUAAACCUGUUUCGCGCUUAGACGCUCGCGCGCGCUGACUGUGUGUUGCGUGUAGAUCAAUCGACCGCCUUGCCCUAGUACAGACGGCGGAGCUAUCAUCGUCUAGGAAGAAGAGAUUACAGAGAGAGAAUGGGACCAAGGAAGUGUCAAGUGUGCGACGAAGCACAAUCCAAAUACAAGUGCCCCACCUGUCUCAUACCCUAUUGUUCUGUGGUCUGUUUCAAGAAGCAUAAAGAAGUUCCAUGCGUUAAGCCAGAAUCAUCUUCUGAAGCAAAAUUGACUUCACCUUCAGGUCCAAUAUUGCAUGUUGAAAGAUCAUACCAUGUUGAUGAACCAAGUGUGGUGCUCCAACAAUUGCAAUUAGAGUCUAUAGCUUCUUCUAGUGAGAUCCGUGAUGCUUUAAAGGAUAAGGAGCUUCAAAAACUUAUCUACAGCAUAGAUUGUUCUGCAGAUGCUGAGAAUGAACUCAAUAAAGCAAUGGAAGUUGAGGCAUUCCGCAUGUUUUCUGACAAGAUUUUAUCAACCAUUAGUCCACAACAAUGAGCAGUUGUAUCUAGAUGAAGAUAUCGCAAGAACCUUGAUUUCUUAUCAAAGAAGCAGUUCGUAAAGCUAGGGCUUUUGUCACCUUUUUUACACUAAAUCUUGGCUGUUCCAAUCUCGAUUGAGAGGUAUAGCCCUUCACCUUAGAUUUUGAUCAGAAAUUUAUCUCAUUAAUACUUGAUGAAAGAAGAGCCAAAUUGUGUAUAGAUGCAUGCAGUGGGAAUCUUGUUAGAUCUUACCUGCUUUGAAAUUAUCCAGUGGCUACAUAAUUUUUGAUGUAUUAUUUUUGACGUUUGGUGAACUUUACAUGUGAAAAUGUUUUAGAAUUCUCUAGUUAGCCACAUAAUGAAGAGAAAAGGACAAUCUUACCUACUCUAAUUCUUUGCA